GUUCAAUUUCCACCCAACCUCAAUCGUGAGAGCUUACCCUGCUUUCUUUUCUUCUACGUUUAUCAUCUCAUUUCCCGUUAAAUCAUUAUGGCACCCAAAGCAGCAGAGAAGAAACCCGCCGAGAAGAAGCCCGCCGAGGAGAAGAAAUCGUCGGUUGCGGAGAAGGCUCCAGCCGAGAAGAAGCCGAAGGCCGGAAAGAAGCUGCCGAAGGAAGGAGGAGCCGGCGCCUCGGACAAGAAGAAGAAGCGGACCAAGAAGAGUGUUGAGACCUACAAGAUCUACAUCUUUAAGGUGCUAAAACAGGUCCACCCCGAUAUUGGGAUCUCCAGCAAGGCCAUGGGGAUCAUGAACAGCUUCAUUAAUGAUAUCUUUGAGAAGCUCGCCCAAGAGUCUUCUCGGCUUGCGAGGUACAACAAGAAGCCCACCAUCACCUCUCGGGAGAUCCAGACCGCGGUGCGUCUCGUGCUGCCUGGUGAACUCGCCAAGCACGCCGUUUCUGAGGGGACCAAGGCGGUCACCAAGUUUACUAGCUCUUAGACAUAGGUGGUGUUGGUUGAUGAUGGACUUGCUGCUUGUUUGUGUUUAGGGUUAGGGUUCGUAGAUUAAUUAAUUUAAUUGUUGUAUCUUUUGUCUUCUUUUGUUUUGGUUUUUUGUGCAGAAGUUGGAUCUACUCGAUCCCGUUUAUCUGUAAGGCAGAACUGAAUUCAAUAGCUUUUUGGCUCC